AACCCCUGGAACAUGCAGCACAAUUUUGGCAUGGAGCAGCAAUGGCGUCAAGGCCCUGAUGGCGGCGUGAUGGAGAUGCGUAAGGAAAAGAGCAGAGACGCUGCGCGCAGUCGCCGAGGCAAAGAGAACCAAGAGUUCUACGAACUGGCCAAGAUGCUACCGCUGCCACCGGCCAUCACGACACAGCUGGACAAAGCGUCCAUCAUCCGCCUGACCAUCAGUUACCUCAAGCUCAGGGAGUUCACCCGCAGUGGCGACCCAUCGUGGAGCAGCAGCAACUCCUACCACAAGAACAUCAAAGGACUUCGCGGCAGGAAUCAGGGAUGCUCACCGGAGGAUAUCUUCGAGGUGCACCAAGGAUCCCACGUCCUGCAGUCCUUGGAUGGUUUCGCCUUCACGCUCGCAGCCGACGGCAGGUUCCUGUACAUCUCCGAGACUGUGUCCAUCUACCUGGGCCUGUCACAAGUUGAGAUGGCGGGUUCCUCAGUGUUCGAGUACAUCCACUCCGACGAUCACGUGGAGCUGGCCGAGCAGCUUGGCCUGACUCUCACGAGCUCGUCGCCGACUUCGUCUGUUGCAUCCUCUGCUGCCGCGUCGCUCGUUAAUGCGUCAUUGACAGCCUCGUCGUCGCCUUCGUCACUCACGAGUGACGAUGGGUGUGCUGGUAGCGGUGGUAACAGUCAAACUGGUGGGACGAUGAACCCUGACGUAUGCAUGCCGAUGUCGCUGUCGUCGAGCUCAAGAUACCGCGGCUACGACCGAGCCUUCUGCAUCCGCAUGAAGUCCACACUCACCAAGCGGGGCUGUCACUUCAAGAGCUCCGGGUACAGGGUGGUUCUGGUCCUGGGCCAUCUUCGACCCAAAGCACAGUUCCAUUCCCACCACCAAAACGAGCAAAAGAAUCCCCCCAACCUCAUGGGGCUGGUGGCCCUGGCCAUCGCUCUUCCCUCACCUUCCGUCAACGAGAUGAAGCUCGAGCCCGACAUGUUCGUGUCCAGGAUCAACAUGGACUUCAGACUCGCACACUGUGAAGCAAAAGUGUCAGACUUGUUGCACUACACCCCCGAAGAGCUGCUGGGAAGGUCCUUGUAUGCGUUAUGUCACGCCCAGGACGUGGAGAACCUCAGGAAGACUCAUACUGACCUUAUGAAGAAAGGUCAGGUGAUGUCUCCGUACUACCGCAUUCUGAACAGAACAGGAGGUUGGGUGUGGGUACAGACGUGCGCUACAGUAAUAUGCAACAGCAAAAGCAGCGACGAACAGAACAUCAUUUGUGUGAACUAUGUCCUCAGCGGCUCGGUCGACAACAGCGUCAUCUUAGACGAGCACCAGAUGACGCCUAGCGUGGCACACGUCAAGUCUGACGUCACCAACGACUUCGGACGCCAACAUAGUCCGAGUAGAUCAGGUUCCAACACACCAACCCCUCAACGCACGAACUCUCCAUCACUGAAGCCACUUACCCCGUCCAUGUCGGUUGGUUGCGAUUCUCUAACCCCACCUCUCAUCGACCACCAUAACCACCACCAUCGCCAGAAUGGUUCCCUACAUGGGGUCACGAAGGAUCUGGUACACGAAGCCGUUCUGGAGAGCCGCAUGCACAACCCACAUGAUACACACCUUCAGGAGAGCCACCAUCAUGACAUUAGGUCAUCUUCCCAGAUGGAUCAUGAUCAACAGGUCAUGAUGAGCGACACUCAUCUUAGCCAUGGAGGUCCCCUCACGCCCCACAAUGACACCCAUAUUCCCCACGUAGCUCCACUUACUCCACAACUCACACCAGUCAGUAGAAUCGGAGGUCUAACGCCCAUCGUCUCCGCGGAAGGCGAAACGAUCAAGACUGAGACUGGAUCCAUCUUGACGCCUCUUACGGUGCCCGAACACUUGGACGACAUCAUGCACUCUCAGAAACUAUCCCCCAUCACGCCGCAGUCCCACAUGCAUUACACCAGCUUACCCAGCCACACUCAACUAUCUCCAGCCGCCAUAAAUCGUUUUUCUCCGAUCUCAAAUACACAAAUAUCACCAAAUCAUCAAUAUCCAACCAUGGAGAAAGUUCCUCAGCAUGAUUCAGAAGGUUCAGUGCGUCAUCUUGAGGCAGCCAUGACCAGACAUUUACCUCAAGAUGGAAUGAUGGAUUCGGGUGGAGUUGGAGUAGGGGUGACCACUUCGCUGGGUGGGUUGUCAGAAGGCUUCCACACAAUCCAGUGGGCAGGUGGACAAGAGAACCACUCAUCAUCAACGAUCCUUCGUCAGCUCUGCUCUACCAAACGUGAAAGCGUCAUAAAAACCUCAAGAGAUCCACAGGAAAUCAUCGUGAAUCCAAAUUCAGCUCACUGCACGGCACCAACCAUCAUCACCUCAUUACCGACGACAACAUCGUCCGGCCUCAUGUCUGUUCCUUCUGGGUAUCCUGGCUACCAGAUAAGUCCUCCAUCCAGUGUUUCCCCUGACAGACUGAAGACUAUGACAUGUGAACCUUACACUGACUUGUACAAUUCAAAUAUCUACCCUAGUGCUCACGUGUCGUCUAAAAACCCUUAUGAUCCAGUUCGAUGGUAUCAAACUUAACAUAACCUCAGUAGAACUCGCAUAGACUUCUUCAAUGUAAACUAUCUUUUGUAAGUUUGACAAUUUCUGAUCUAUAUUAUUUGAUUGCACUUAUUUUUGUUGUUAAAUAAGAUUAUUUCAUAUAUCUUGGCUCGCCCGAAGUAACUUUAUGUAGGAAUGUUAACGGGGUAUUAUCACCUAAUUGGUAAUUAUUCCAUGCUAUGUAAUUAAGGGUUAAAAAUGAAAGCAAAUAGCACCGUCUUAUAAGAACAAAAAAUCUGAUAGUCGUUCUAUUGUGUUCAUUGAUUUAUAAAGUUAUUUAGUCUAAGAGAUUCCUGUUUAGUUCUUUAAAGUUUAUGAUGUCUUAUAAGUGAUAGCGUUAAAAUUGCAUGAUAGGAAAAAUUACCCGCUACGUGCAUGUUUCGUGAUUUAACAAACGAAGUUAUUAUAUCGUAUGCAUACCGUGAACAUGCUGUGAACAUGCUACUUUGUGAACAUGUUGUGAACAGGCCAGGGUCAAUAUUCCGGGAAUAUGUCAUGGAUAUGCCGUGAACAUGCUGCAAACAUUCUGUGAAAAUGACAUGAAUAUAUUGUGAACAUGCUGCGAACAUUCUGUGAAUAUGACAUGAAUAUAUCGUGAACAUGCUGCGGACAUUCUGUGAAUAUGACAUGAAUAUGUCGUGAACAUGUUGUGAACAUGUUGUGAACAUGUUGCGAACAUGUUGCGAA